AUGGCGUGCCCACACGUCGACUCUCUCAGUAUUUCGCCGCCGACGCCUGCCCAGUCAGUCUACCGCGAGGAUUGCACCCAGUGCUUUGACUCUUUUGACGAUGCCGAAGGCCUCAAUGUCUGCCUUCAGUGUUUUAACGGCGGCUGCGCUGGCGACCGACAGCAUUCCGCCCUUCACAGCGCCCUCCGAUCCCACCCCCUCGUGUUGAACGUCAAGCGGACACGCAAGGCUAUCACUAGGGAUGAGCCGCCCCAAAAGAUCACGAAGCUUGCCAUCGCUGCUGAGAAAGAGGAGGACAAGUACGACACUGCGCUAAGUGUCAAGUGUCUAGAAUGCAACACCGUUCUCGACGCCACCCACCCCAAGAUCGCCCCUGUUGUCGAUGGGAUAUUGACGUCCAACACCUUCUCGCGGAAGGAGGAGAUCAAGGCCUGGGAGCAAGAGCUUACCAGCUGCGAACACAUCCUGUUGAUGCAGCAGGACGAGCCCCGCAAGAUCGCUAGUCAGGACCUGGGCGGUUGCGCAAAAUGCGACCUCAAGGAGAAUCUAUGGCUAUGUCUGCAAUGUGGCGCCCUCGGUUGUGGUCGUGCCCAGUUCGGCGGUGUCGGUGGUCAUUCUCACGCACUGGCGCAUUCCAAAGAGUCGGGACAUGGUGUUGCCGUCAAACUUGGUUCGAUCAGUGCUGAAGGCACCGCAGACAUAUACUGUUACGCCUGCGAUGACGAGCGUGUUGAUGAGAACUUGGCCACACACCUGGCAAACUGGGGCAUCAACAUCGCCGAGAGGCAAAAGACAGAGAAGAGUUUGACAGAAAUGCAAAUCGAGCAGAACAUGAAGUGGGACUUUACGACGACACAGGACGGCCAGGAGCUGAAACCGCUGUAUGGUCCUGGCUUGACGGGUCUGAAGAACCUCGGCAACAGCUGCUACCUUGCCAGCGUGCUUCAGUGUCUUUUUGAUUUGCCGGCUUUCCAGAAGCGGUAUUUCGAGGUCAACGAUGAUCUGCCCAUCGUCCAGGAUCCAGCUCAAGACCUCGAGACACAGCUGCGGAAACUGGCGGAUGGCUUGCUUUCCGGCCGCUAUUCUAAGCCUGAUCCUGAUGCAGUUGCUGCACCUGGAGAGAACUCCACGGAGGCUCACCAGAGGGGUUUAUCACCGGCCAUGUUCAAGCACCUUAUCGGCCGUGGCCACGAAGAGUUCUCCACUAUGCGACAACAAGAUGCCUUUGAAUUGUUUCAGCACCUCUUCAAGCUGAUCACGCGGUCCAGGCAUCCGUCUCCUACCGCCGACCCCACCCAGCCUUUUCGCUUCGUCCUGGAACAGCGAUUGCAGUGUCUUAGUUGCAAAAAGGUUCGAUACUCGACGACAGAGCAGGAAAAUCUCACAGUCAUUCUUCCUAUGGAGAAGGAGCCACAUAAAGAAGGCGAGGAGGGCCCUGCGCCGUGGAAGCCAGUGACGUUCACCCAAUGCCUGGAUGACUUCACCGUCGACGAGGUCGUGGAGCUGACCUGUUCUUCCUGUGGCUCGAAAGAGGGAUAUACCAAGCGGACGCUAUUCAAGACCUUCCCAGAAAUCCUCGCUGUGAACGCGCGAAGGAUGGCUAUUGUCAACUGGGUCGAGGUGAAGGUUGACGUUCCUGUCAUUAUUCCUGAUGAGCCCUUCACCUUGGACAAAUACCUCUCACAAGGCCAACAGCCAGACGAAGAAUCCCUGCCCGAGGAAGCGGCUCCUGCCGGCGCUCCUGCAUUUGUGCCCAACGAGACGGGUUUGGCCCAACUGGAGGCGAUGGGGUUCCCACGUGUGCGCGCUGAGAAAGCAUUGCACGCGACAGGUAACAGCGACGCGAACGCCGCAAUGGAGUGGCUAUUCGCACACAUGGAGGAUCCUGAUAUCGACACCCCAUUGGACUUGAGCGCCACUGGUGGUGGAGGCGCUGCCGCCGGACCAAGCCCAGAGCAGAUUGAGAUGCUGACCUCCAUGGGCUUCGACGUGCCUAAGGCAAAGAAGGCGCUCAAGGAGACGGGUGGUGACAUGGAGAGGGCGGUCGAGUGGCUGUUCAGCCACCCCGACGACCCUGGCUCGCUCGAUGACGAUGAAGGCGCUGCAGCUGGUGCAAGUGUUGGCUCGGAUGAACCCUCUGGAAGUGCUACACUGCCCGCAGUGUUCCAACUGCAGAGCAUUGUGUGCCACAAGGGCACGAGUAUUCAUGCUGGACAUUAUGUGGCCUUCAUCCGUAAACAGCUUGACAAGCCCUCUUGGGUUCUGUUCAACGACGAGAAGGUCGUCGAGGCAGUUGACAUCGAGGAGAUGCGCAAGUUUGGGUACGCGUACUUCUUCAAGCGCGUGCAGAAUUGA